CUCAACACUACCACCACCACCACAACUCUUCCAAUCAAACCAAUAAAUCACCAACGAAAACAAAAUGAUGAACCUCUCCCCCCCACACCCCCGCCCUUUCGUCAAGAGCCACCCCCACAUCAACCCGGCCUCCCUCAAGAAACCCAGCCGCUGGUAUCUGCCCCUGAUGGCGGCCAUCGCUCUCGGCUUCGGCGCCUACAACCACUACACGGCCACCUCUACCUCUCCCUCUACCUCUCAGAAAUCCCUCCAGAACCAACACCUCUACCAACAGCAAGAAGAAGAGCGCCUCCGCAAAAACCGCGCCCUGAUGGACGCCUACGGCGACAAGGAGACCCUGCAGGACAUCGAGCGCGCGCUGGUCGUGUAUGAUCUCCAGUGAUCAUGCCAAGCCGAUGGGGUGGGAUGCGUGCUGUGCGAUGCAUACGGGGUGCGGUGCGGAUCGGGUCUAACCCAGGCAUGGGAGUGGGGUUGAGGCCCCUUUGCAUGGGAUCAUGAUUAUGGAUGGCGUUUUGGGAUUUUGAUUUUGUUGGUUGGAUUAGCGGGUUUGAUGUUUGAGCAAGGGAUUGGGAUGCACUGGCUGGGAAGGAUGGAUGGAUGCAGCUGGUCUGUUUCUUUUUCUGUUUCUGGUUCUGGUUCUUUGCCAGAUGGCUACAUACUAUACAAGUG